AUGGAAGAAGGGGAAAAUUUCUUGCCGAAUAUAUACGAUAAAUUAAUUAAUACACACAAUUAUUAUAUAGAUAAAACAACUUUAUAUUUAAAAACAAGAUGGUUUCUUUUGCUUAUUUUACUUAUUUUAUAUAUAGUUAGAGUAUAUUAUGUUACAGGUUUCUAUGUUGUUUCAUAUGCCUUGUCUAUAUUUUUAUUAAAUUUAUUUUUAAGAUUUUUAACACCUCAUAAUAUAGAAGAAAUUUAUGAACAAUAUGAAAAUGAAAAUAAUGGUUUAUUAUUACCAAUGAAACAAACAAAUGAAACUAAAAAUGAAAACAAUUCGGAUGAUAAAAAAGAAUUUAGACCUUUUUUAAGAAAAUUAAAUGAAUUUAAAUUUUGGCUUCAUUCAACAAGAGCUGUUCUUAUAUCAAUUAUAUGCACAUUUUUCCCAUUUUUAGAUAUACCUGUAUUUUGGCCCUUAUUACUUUUUUAUUUUAUUUGUUUAUUUUUAGCAACUAUGAAACAACAAAUAAAAAACAUGAUAAAGUUUAAGUAUUUACCUUUUAAUACAUCUACUAAACAGACAUAUGGUUCUAUAGCUCGCGGAAGCAAAAUAACAAAGUAA